UGUUCCAGCCUGCAUUUGCCGAGCCAAUUCGAUUUUAACUUGUAAGAGGAGAAGUGUUACGACACGCGUCAUUCCAUUACAAAAGUCCGGAUUGCGCGGUUUAUCGGUUAGUAUCAGUAAUAAGCAUGCUCGACCACUCACUUCAUCGAGGGAAUAUCCGUGCGUUGCUAACUCCAUUCGCGGGUGGCGAAAAAUGCUCACCCUCACCUCCGCCAGCUCCGCUCUAACAUUAUUCCCGGAAUGCAAAACCCAACGGCGCCGAUUUACAAUUUCGGCGGCGGCGGAUGAUAAGUUCCCUUCCUUUCUACCAAAGCAAAUGGAAGAAAUCAAAGACCCAUUUGCCCGGAAACUCGCCACCCGAAUCGAAAGACUGCCCGUUAAUGCUAGCUUCUCAGAAAAAAGCAUUAUGAGUAGUUGCGUGAAGCCAUUGAUUCAGAGCAGCCAAAAUCCAGUGGUUCUCCUUCAUGGCUUUGACAGUUCUUGUUUAGAAUGGAGAUACACAUUUCCAUUGCUUGAGGAGGCUGGUUUAGAAACUUGGGCUAUUGACAUUCUUGGUUGGGGUUUCUCUAAUUUAGAAAGAAUCAAGUCAUGUGAUGUAGCAUCUAAGCGUGAGCAUUUCUAUCAGCUAUGGAAGUCAUACAUCAAAAGGCCAAUGACAUUGAUCGGGCCAAGUUUGGGCGCUGCUGUUGCAGUUGAUUUUGCAGUCAACAACCCGGAAGCUGUUGAAAAUCUUGUUCUGAUCGAUGCAAGUGUAUAUGCGGAAGGCACGGGAAACCUAGCAAAGUUACCUCGAGCAGCAGCCUAUGCUGGGGUAUCUAUAUUGAAGAGCUUCCCGCUACGCUUAUAUAUAAAUUUUUUGGCAUUCAAGGGUGUGUCAUUUGACACCGGCUUAGACUGGGUUAAUAUUGGUAAACUGCAUUGCCUAUAUCCUUGGUGGGAGGAUGCAACCGUGAGUUUUAUGAUCAGCGGUGGUUACAAUGUCAGCCGACAGAUAGAUCAGGUGAAGCAGAAGACACUUAUCAUAUGGGGUGAGGAUGACCAGAUUAUUAGCAACAAGCUAGCAGUGAGACUGCACUGUGAACUGCCGAAUUCAAUUAUUCGCCAAAUACCCGAUUGCGGUCAUCUUCCUCAUGUAGAAAAGCCAGAUUCUGCUGCCAGAUUAAUCUUGGAAUUUUUGCAGAAUUACAGCUGCCAGAAAAAGGCCCAGCUGGCCCCUACUGAAGAAGUUGUGUAUUAAUCGUGCAUGACUGAAAGUAAAGACGCAGCAUAUGUUAUAUAGCUUUCAUCAUAGGUAUGUUGAUCAUAAUGAUUAUCUUCGUUUCCACAUCUUUCUUGUGCCGAAAUUUACUGCCAUAGCGUCAUUUCAUUCAUGUUACAAACUGUUGUUUUAAACCCAAAGCAAAUAAUAUGGAGUUUCCCUUGAAACUCGCAAUUUAGGCCCAAUUUAAAAUAAAAA